UUUAUCAUUUCACUGUUCUACACCUUAGCACAUAUACACGUAUCCCCCUUCACAGAACUUUCCUAAAUCCCUUCCAUUUCUCCGUUCCACCUUCGGAUUCCUUACAAUUCUGAUCGACCAUGCUCUCAAUUGAGUCAUGGAAUUCGGAUACUCACUCUCAAUGUAUCCAAUUCUACCAAAAUCUUGGCCCCAAACAAAAAAAGAGAAAGAAGAAAAAGAAAUGCUAUUUGUUAUACAGUUAUACUCCAUCUUCCGUUUCAAACCCUGGCGCGCGCGAGCUAGUUUUCUGUGUUACAUAUAGCGGUGUAGAUUAGAAAGCAAGUCAGGUGUCAAUUCCUCACCAAUGCUUUCCCAAUUUUCACUUUCUGUUGAGUCGUCAUUUUCCAUUACUCUCUUUUCAAAAUGUUGAACAAGAACUGGGCUUUAAUGGCGGUUUUCUCAUUCUUGGUUGCGGCAUCGUGACAACAAUGGCAGCGCAAACAGAAUCUGUGCCUGGUAAUGUGUCUGAAUUUCGUACGCCCCUUCGAUAUGAUUAUUAUGAGGAGAAAUGUGGGAAUGUUGAGAACAUUGUGAGGAGAAUGAUGCUGAGAAUCGUUCAGCUGCAACACAACGCCCCAGCACAACUCUUGCGCCUUCUUUUCCAUGAUUGUUUAUUUGGGGUUGUGAUGCAUCUGUUCUGCUAGCUGACAGUAAUAGCGAGAAUGGGACUGUUGAACGUGACGCCAUCCCAAAUAGGACAUUGAAAGGCUUUGAUUUCAUUGAUAUGAUAAAAGAUGAGAUUGAGGAGGCAUGCCCUGGGGUUGUUUCUUGUUCUGAUAUCCUUGUCCAUCCUUGUCCUUGCAACAAGAGAUGGCAUCGUUCUGGCCGGUGGUCUAUAUUAUCCUGUGCUUACGGGCAGAAGGGACAGUAAGGAGUCAUUCUUUGAUGAGGCAAUGGCUGAAAUUCCACGACCAAACGGGAAUAUCACUGAAACACUUAGGCUGUUUUCGCUAAGAGGAUUGAUGAGAGGGAAACGGUGGCACUACUUGGAGGACAUAACAUCGGGAAGAUUGGUUGUGAAUUCAUUCGGCCAAGGCUCAGUAAUUUCAUGGGGACAGGUUUACCUGAUCCAACGAUUCCUUCUGAUUUUCUUGAAGAGUUGAUGCAGAAGUGUCCAGACGAUAACAACACCAUCAACAAUAUGUUCAACGAACAUACAGCGAGGGGUCUGAGUGGGUCUGCUAUAUCAUACUCCGAGGGACUGUCAGCGGUUUCGUCGUUUGGAACUUCAUUUGAUAAUCACUAUUACAAGACUCUGACAAGAGGACGAGGGCUGCUGUUUGCUGAUCAACAGUUGAUGGCUAAUGAAAAGACGGCAGCGGUGGUGAUGGAUUAUGCUUUGGAUGAGAGGGCUAUAUUUAGGACUGAGUUUGCUCAUGCCAUGGAUAAAUUGUCAAAUAUUGGCGUUCUUACUGGAUUCCAAGGAGAAGUUCGGCACAGUUGCUCCUGCUCCCAUCUCAAUUCUGAUCAACGAGAACUAUCGGUAGGAGUAGCCUAGUUAUUCAUGACUUUUCCUAGUGCGUGAUUUAGGGAAAACUUGCCCGGCAUAUCUGUGAGUGAAUUGUUUCCUUUGUAUGCUAAUGAUCUAGUUACAAUGACUAACUGAUUGAACAAAGUUUGCCA